AUGGAUUAAACCAAUUCCAAUCUAAUCAUAAUUGCUCCAGAACACUCUUAUUCAAUGAAACUAAUUUAGUGUACAUCCCUAUUUUAAUAUGUUAGAUUUAAUCAGACAUUUCAAUAAUGAUGAAUUAAUUUUUGAUAAGAUUGAUGAAGAUCAUCAAAGAAUUGGGACUUAACUGUAAUAAUUGGCAUCAAUUUAAUAGUUUAAUUAAUACCAAAUAUUAUACAUGUGAUGUAGGUGUGCAUACAAUAAAUUACAAUUAUUUUAAUUAAGAAAAUGCUUUGGAAUAAUUAUAAAAACUCAAAGUAGACGGCGUAUUAUUUAUUGUUGAUGCCAACAACAUGAGUGGACUCGACUAAUUCAUUAAUUUGUGUGAUCAAAUUCUAAAUGAAAUCUAACCUGGUCUUUAGGCCAUUAUCUAUGAUAGAAAAGAAGGAACUAAAAUCAAUUUGGAACUUUUGGAAAAUGAGGAGAAAAAAUUAGAAAGCUUUGUUGAAUAAAUUUAUUUAGACUUAAACAAUCCACCUAUCAAACAAUAAAUCAAACAGUUAUCUGAGUAGGCUGAAGAAACCCUUGGAUUUCCAAGAAUCAUUGAAAUUAUGGAAUGCAACACUUGGACAUACAUGAGACCCAAGGCGUAGGAAAAGAAGGAGAACAUUAGUAAAACGAAAGUGAGUGAAAAACAGUCUCAAGGCCUGGAUCAAUUGGAAUAUGAGGACGAUCAAUUUGCACAAUUGAUGCAUGAUAUGACCAAGAUUAGGUGUAUAAUUUAGAUCUAUUGUGUAGGACUUCUAAAAUGACAGAUGAGGAGAGAAGGGAAAAAGCUGCCAACCUCAUGAGUUAAUUAAUGAAUAUGUGUCAAGAUGAUGACGAAGAUGAUAUGUGA